UUUGUGUGAUUGGAAGGUGGUAAUCAUAUCUCAGCACAAGUUGGUCUAAUCCUUUUUGUUUAGUUGGCAAAGGAGUGCAGGUAGAAAAGUUUGAACCGCUUCUUCCCCGGGAGACACAAAAGGAAAGUUUUUGCAGAAAACCGGAAACUAAUUAAGGGAAAGUCAUCAGGAAACGCUUCGAAUCCCAGCCCUUUCUACUUAAUAUCUAUCAUCCGUUUUCCUUUGAACUUUGAACCAACUCAAAGCAUUUACUCAAACACCUAGCUAGCUAGCUACCUGUCACCAACACAACUCAGAUUGCAUUAUUCCAAACGCUUCCUUGGGAACUUUCUCUUCUGUCAUAACUUGGAACUCGUGUACACUUCCUUACUGCUAAACCAAGCCCAAAACCCGUUCUUUUCUCUUUCGGCUCACGUAGAUCUGAAUACACUUUCAGAUUUUGCUCAUACUCACAAGGAACCUUCUAGAUGCCGAACCGUUGGUGGGCCGGGAACAUGGCGGUCAAGUCUGAUGACCCCAACUCAUCGCUUCAUCCCAGAGACCAAGACAGCGGCGACAACGCCAACAACGCCACUCCGACCAACAGCGGCAACAGUAACACCAACUUCAACGCUGGCGAGGACGACGAAAACCCCGCCAACAACAACGACGGCGACGACCAGAACCUUAGCAGCGGGCGGCGGCCCAGGGGCAGGCCGCCGGGGUCGAAGAACAAGCCAAAGCCGCCGGUGGUGAUAACGAAAGAGAGCCCCAACGCGCUGCGCAGCCACAUCCUCGAAAUCAGCGGAGGCAGCGACGUGGCGGAUUGCAUUGCCACCUUUGCCACGCGCCGCCACCGCGGCGUGUCUGUGCUCAGCGGAAACGGCGUCGUCACCAACGUCACGCUGCGCCAGCCCGCCGCUCCAGGUGGCGUCAUCACGCUGCAGGGGAGGUUCGAGAUUCUCUCCCUCUCCGGCGCGUUUCUGCCGGCACCGUCCCCGCCGGAGGCCACCGGAUUAACCGUGUACCUCGCCGGAGGGCAGGGUCAGGUCGUCGGGGGAAGCGUGGUGGGACCCCUUGUCGCCUCGGGACCCGUGAUGGUUGUGGCUGCCACCUUCGCUAAUGCUACAUAUGAAAGGUUGCCCUUGGAGGAUGAACAAGGCGAAGAGGACAUGCAAGAGGUGAAUGAAGGUGGUGGCAGCGGAACACCACCACCUUCUCUGGGUGAUCAACCGCCACAAGUUCCAAUGCCGGUGUAUAAUUUGGUCCCUAACAAUGGUGACGUGUUCUGGGGACCCCCACCUCGUCCUCCUCCACCUUCUAAUUAUUGAAAUGAAACUCUUGUUUACUUUUCACCGUUCAUCUUAUAUAUAUAUAUGCGUAGUGUGAUCUGAAGUUUUCAUUUUCUUUUAGUUUCUACCCUAAACGUGUUCCUUUGUUUUUGAUGUUGUCCCUUCUGUUCAAUCUGCAUACUUAAAUCGGUGCUGGAAGAGUUUAUUUGGAUAUCUAUUCGAUGAAUGAUAGACAAUUUUUGUUGUUACUACUUGUUUAGAUGGAUUGUGUUGGGGAAGAAGUGAUAUCUCUGAACGUCUGCAUCGUGUCUGGUUAAUGAACGAUUGCGAUUGAAAUUUUGAAAGAUGUGUACGGAAACUGCAUGAUAAUAUGUGCCGGAGCCAAGGUCGGUUCUUUGUGUCUCUCAGGUAUAAUCGUUGUCGUACUUGGUUCUCUGUCCUUUUGUCUUGCUGUAAUCGGGCAUUUUGUACUAGAAGGGAGGGGUCAUUGCUUUAUUUUUUCUUUUCUAUCAUUUCCCCAGUGGGGCAGGUAGAAAUUAUGGUUGCUUCAAUCUGGUAAGUGAUUCUGAUAACUCAUAAAGUUUAGGUUUUUAGAAGAGGGGGGUGCUGAAUAUCUGGAAUGUAUCUUUGGUGUAGUAUUUGUAAGAAUUGAGAUUUACGAUUUGGUUUAAUUAUUGUUGAGUGAGUAAAUGUCCAA